GAUACUAUCUUUACUUGCAAAUACACAUUCAUUACUUUUCUUGCCUUUUCAUUUACGAUCUUACGGUCUUAAGAUCCUAAACGGGUGUUUGUUCUAUCAUUUAUCUUAUUCAUAUUCGUGAUACCCUCAUUGGUUCUUUACACAACUAGUCUCAGCGAUCAAUCAGCUUCCUUGAAUCUUCAAAAUGGUUUAUGUCCUUUAUGCCUAUACACCUAGCAAAAAUGUUGCACUGGCUGCCGCUGCAUUGUUUGGAUUGAGUGCAACAUAUCAUCUCAUCACAAUGCUUCGAAAGAAAACCUACUUUUAUACAGCCAUGGUAGUCGGAGGUUACAUGAUGACUGCCGGUUAUGUCGCCCGAUAUCUCUCAGCAAAAGAUACUGCAAACAUAAUGCUCUACUCUAUGCAAUCUCUCCUCAUUAUCCUUCCACCUUCUCUCUACGCAGCAACUAUUUACAUGAUAUACGGCCGUAUCGUCUUAUUCGUCAAUGCACCAUCUGCAUCCAUUAUCUCUCCUAAAAAUAUCACUAAAAUAUUCGUUGGUGGAGAUGUCGUAUCUUUUCUGAUGCAAUCUAGCGGAGGGGGUAUGAUGGCAAUGGCCAGCAUGAGUUCACUUGGCGAAAAAAUAAUCAUUGUCGGCCUCCUCGCACAACUUCUUUUCUUCAGUAUCUUUCUCGUCAUCGCUAUUACUUUCGAACGUCGCAUGCGCUCACACCCAAGAGCUUUCGAUGUCCCAGCUCGCGGGAAAAAACAUUGGCACCAAUUGCUCAUGCUCUUAUUCACAGCUGCGGUCUUGAUCAUUGUUAGAUGUGUGUACAGAGUUAUUGAGUUCUCACAAGGGUCAACGGGGACAUUGAUGAGUCAUGAGUAUUAUAUGUAUAUCUUGGAUGCAGCACCGAUGUUUGUUGUGCAAUGUAUGUUUCAUGUUGUACAUGCAGGAGAUGUUUUUCAAGAUGGCGUGGAUCCAAAGAAAGCGGCAUUGAUGGGUGAUAACUAUAUCGGAUUGAGCGAGGUCUAGGAAAGGAAAAGGUUAGAGGAAAAGUUGGGAAGGACGAAGAAUUUCAUUUGUUAGUUAAGCCAAAUCGGGGCCGGGAAGACUUUUCUCCAUGGUCGGGUAUAACCCAAGGAUGGGAGGGGGUAGGAGGGCUGGGGGGGUUUCUUUUGUCGAAUACAGUACUGAGAGGCCGAUCAGGUUGGACCGUUUACGAUGGAGUUAUUGGUGAUUCGGAUAUAGUACAUGGGCAGUAUAGGGAUAAUGUAUGGAACACAGGAGGAUCGAACCUCAUUACUUCUUUCGAUUUGUAUCAUACCCAAUUUUUCUUUAAGCGCAAUAUUCAUCCA